AUGAGUGAAAUGAUUUUACAAGAAAAAAAACAAGAAACAAAUCGAGAAUUUGAAAUAUAUUUGCAACUUCAAAAGGGUUUACAAGAAUAACAACCAGCUUAGGAGAAUUUAUAGAAUUUGUUUGAAAUUGAGGAUUUACUCAAAAGGACAGAAGAUGAGUAGUUAAUCAAUACAAUUUAUUUGCACUUGACUAAGCAAUUUCAUCACUUUAAUCAAAAUGUACAAUAUUAAAUAUAUCUUGUAUUCUAAUCUACAGCUGAAAGCAAAUACUAAAAAGUUUUCAAUAAAAAUGAAGUUUUAGAUAUGCUUUAAGAUCAUAUUAGGAGCUUGGAUUAAAUGACUAGGACCAUAGCUAUAAAAAUUGUGGGAUUGCUCACUCCCUUUUACUUGACUUCAAUAGAAACCUUUCAUCUUAUUAUUGAUAUUUUGCUAAAAUCUGAUUAUCAUGAGGAAAUUAACUCUUCAAUUCAUGUCUUAGGUAAUUUCGUAGAAGGAGGCAGUAGCAAUGAAUUCGCUUUAAGAUUAUUAAAUAAAGGAGAUUUGAUUUUAAACAAAUGUGGCGAGGGAGUUUAUUUGGAUCUACUGAACAGAGUAAAGCUACAUAAUAGAGUUAUAUAAAUCAAUUUUUAUAAGCAAGUUAUUUCAUUGAUUUGCUCAAAUCCGAGUUCAAGCUUAAGAAAAAAGCUUAAACUGAUUAUACGCGCGUGCAGAUCUAAUUAAGAUAUAGCAAUUGAUUUUUUUAAUUUUUGUGAGGAUAAUUUUGAAUAGUUUGCAUCUGAAGAACCACAAUUUAUAAAUAAGCAUGUAAGCCAAAGCUCUUCUAUCUCGAAUGAUGGAAGUUCUUCUUUAUCAUAAACACUCAUUAAAUUGAGUGCUAAGAGUAAAAGUGGUGUUUCAAAUUCAGGCUCAAGUUUCAAUCAAAAGCUAAAAAAUUUAGGAAAAUCUUUAAACUAAAUUUUAGAAAAGAAAGCUAAGUCAGCUGCACUAGAAAAAUAGUUAGCUUGUGUAGUCGAAGCAAUUUUACUGGUUUAUGAAUGGACUAGACAUUUUAGCAUAACUCCAUCUCAUUUUCUGAAUGAAAAAAUAAUAAAGAACAUCAACAAAUUUAAUAUUUAAGUAACAAGAGAAUACAUCCUUUUUAAUGAAGAUGUUGAUAAAUCAGAAUUUUCUCUAACUCCUUCUGAGAUUUUUUCAAAUCCAGCUAUAACAUCUAAAUCUAUAUUAAUAAAUAUUCACAAUUUAGUUCGUAGUGAGGAAAGAAGAAGAUGUUUAAAUAUUCUCGAAAUGGAUGAUUAUGACUGUAAAUAUAUUGAUAAAAACUUUUAAUGUCUCUAACAAGUUACACUCAGUUUGGCGACUCCAAACGAUGCUGCCUUACUGUUUAAAUCUUUUUCCAAUACUUUUCAUAAACUUUCCUUUCAGAUAAUAUCUAAAAAUCAUGAGAAUAUAUAAGAAUUUUAUGAAAGGCACUAUCCUAAAUUUGCCUGCUUACUUGCUUUCCUUUCACCCAUAGGAACUUUAUAAAUUUAUUAAAAUCACAUUGUGCAGCUGUUAAAGGAUAGAAUUUUUAAGAUGUACUUUUCUUUGUUCAAGUUGGCAAUAUAAAAUAAAUAUUAUGCUUAGUUUUUUAAUAUUGUGAACUUAACAGUUUGUCACCUCUACAAUAAAUUAAUUGACAAGAGUGAGCUCUAAAAGCUAAUCACUUCAGAAUUCAUUAUGAACUUAAAAAUUUCUGACACAAAAUCCAGCAUCUCUGAAAUAAAAUUGCUAAAAAAAAUUGCAUCAUAGUUUGCUGUUUAUAAUUUAUACGAAUCUGCUCAUUCUAUUCUUUCUAUCAUUAAAAUCUUAAUUAAAAAUCUAGACAGUUCGGUUACUAAAGUUUCAAUUUAAGAUGAAAACCUAGGUAAUGAAGGAACUGAUGAAGAAAAGCUCGAUUUCCAAAUGAAAUUGCUUAGCUUACUAUAAUAAACAGAUAAACAAGUUGAAGAUCAAAUAAUACUUAAACUUUAUGAUAUUCUUUUAUUAUUUUCUAAAGAGAGUUGCCAUAUUUUUGAAACAUAAUUUAUGGAGUUCUUUUGUUCUUACUAUUAAUAUCUACAAGAUCCAAGUUAAAAUGAAAACUUUACAACUGUGUUGAAUUAGAUUGAAAUUCUUUUAUCUAAUAAAUUCAAUAUAGAUGCAACAUCAAAAGCUUCAAUAAGAUUUAUAUAAAAAUUAAUUUAUUACAUAGAUAAAAAUCUAUCAGUUUUAAGCCAAAAAAAUAAGCCAAACUAAAGUGAAAAUUACUUUUAAUAUUCAGGAUAAAUGGAAGAAGAAGGUUAAAGUAAUGAAGAAGAAUCUGCUCUGAAAGAGGAGUUAGAGAGUAUUUUAGCUGAUAGAAAUUCAAGAUACAGAAGUAGAUUAGAGGAAGAAGAUGCUGAUUUUGAUAUUGGAGAUUAUGAAGCGUAUGGAAAUUAUUAGCUUGAUUAUUUUAUAGACGGAAGAUAAAAUUUAGUUGAAAAAUUACUAGCUAAUCCCAAUAAACUAAUUUAAACCUUAAAAUAAAAUCCUUUGAUUAUUCCAAGAAGUUUAUUCGUGUAAAAAAAUAGAUAGCCGAGCAUAAAAGUGCAAAUAAUUCCACUUUCAGAAUACUCAGUUAGAGCAGAGAAAGGUUUAUUUUUGAAUGGAUAGAUUUACUUAAAUAAUUUUACAAAGAAAUUAGAUAAGAGUAAAAUUUAGUUGAAAGUGGAAGUCAAAUAAGAAAUUUUAGCUUAAGAAUGCAUUUAAAAGCAUAUUUCCACUCGUCAAUAAAUAAUUAACAACUGUCCAACUCCCAAGAUAUUCUCAGAAAAACUAUAUAAUAAUAAAAAAGAAAACUAAAAGCUUCCCUAAAAUUAAAGAAGUAUUCCUUUUUCUACUCUAAUUUUAUUUCCUCACAUUGGACAUUUCAACAUACAUUUAUAAGUAGAACUAAUCUGUCAUAAUACAAGUAGCGUACUUAUCACUUCUCAUUCACAGUUAAUCUAAAUAAAGGCAAUAUGA